CUUUGAUCCGAAAUUUAUUCCCGAUAAACUACCCUCCGGCGACUAGCGGUUGGACAUCGUGCUUCGUGACACGUCCAACACCGUGCUGAUUGCGAUGCAGAUGUACGCAGCAAUGCGCAAACAGGGACUCAUCGGUUGAUGCAUGAAGUGAGCAUUCAAAAUUCAAUUUAAAUCUCUAUCAAUCUUGUUCAAAAUAAAUCGUACUGUAUAAACUGCAUAAACCUUUUAUAAAGGAUUGACUGUCUGCGAAUGAUCAAAUUUUCUAAAACGACUGGAUUUUCAGCCCAGCGCAUGUAGAAAGCUCAGUCCUGUUCGCACUGACCCUUGCUGAUAGUACACCUUAACUAUCCUGGUCUUCUGUUGCACUAAUAAAUUCCACGACUAUGGGUGUAAGAAACACCUCCAGUUAGCGGAAUAAAAUUGUUCCAAAAAUUGUAGAAAAAAAAAAAAAUACAAACACUUAAUUGUGCAACAAAGUGGUAAUGAGUGGCAUUUGCAGCGAUAAUUCUCCCCGAUUUAAACUGCACCAAAACUCUUUCACUCCAGUUUGUGCGAGUCAGUAUGAUCCCGUCCACAGCUUCCGGCAGCUUGGAACGCCGAAGGGCCCUUCUACUACUUUGCCUCACCGCACAGCUGCUUCUGCUCUGUUUACUGUCCGACGGGGUGACCGCACCGAAGACAAAGCCACGUACCAGUGGCAUGGCCACCAAUCGUACCGUACGCAUCACCAAAAUGUUGUGUAUCGAGCAGCCGUACAAGCACUCCACGCUCCAGCACUGCGAAAUGGAACAGUUUGCCAACGGGACGGUCGGGUUGCACAUUUCCGUCCACAUCCCGAUCGUGCUGGACUAUAUAGCGGUGUCGGCUAAAGUGUACUACAAGUACACCACCUACCGGCCGUUCAUGAUCGACUGGACGAUGGAGUACUGUCGGGCGGCCCGGGUAGGCACGUUCAAUCCGACCAACGCACUGAUCAUGAAGGUGAUCGAGGAAAGCAUGCCCGAUUUUUACUAUCCCUGUCCGCACGGUGUAAGAGUGGGGGAACGAGUGACCCCUCCUAACCGAUCCUAACAGCUACUAAAUGUUCUUGAUUUCUUCCCUCCUUCAGAACCGCACGUACACCGUUUUCUGGCUGCUGGAUCCGAAAUUCAUACCGCAAACAUUACCGUCCGGCGACUACCGGUUGGACAUUUUCUAUCGCGAAUCGUCCAAUGUGCCCCUGUUUGCACUGCAGAUGUAUGGCGCGGUGCGCCGACAUGGCAUUAUCGGUUAAAUACGGUGCUGUGGCACAAUAUAACACAUUCCUUCCAGUUGUCAAGUCACCUGCUGUAUGGCUGUAUAUUAUUCAAAUAACAAUGUAGUUAGUUUCCGGAUCGGGUAGAGCUACGGGUGCAAAAUCAGUCUAAAAAACAGAAGCAUAAAUUUAAAGUUUUAUUUAAAGGGCACCAUAUUGUCUUUGUAAAACAGAUUGAUAAACAGCGGAUGAGUUUCACUACCAAACUAUAUGCUUCUGCAGCACCACAAAGCCAUGCACUAAUAACGGGCUA